CAUCAGUGUUGAGGAAGUAUAAAUAUUAUGUAUACCCCAUUUAGUUUUUAUUAUUUCUUUCCGAUCAAUAUUUGUGUUGGAUGACAUAUCUAUGUAUUUAUAUUCGGGAAUGGUAUCCGUUUGUCACGACGUACAGACGAGUGAAUAGUUUGUUGUGAAAUACUGAAAACAGUGUCAGUGGUGACGUAUUUAUUGUUGAAACCACGAACAUGGCGAAAGACAACAAAAGCCGUUCUCGUGGAAAUAACGAAUCAUUCUUAAUCGUGUGACAUUUCGUCCUUAAGAUAUUUAGCUAAUAAUGUUAGAAACAGUUUCUAUAGGUGACUGAAAUGACUAGCAAAUAUCGAAGAAUAAUCAUUUGUCGUCAGUAUUAGCGGUGGAUCAAAGGAAAAAUGUCUAAUCUGGAAGUAAGUGCUGAACGAAAUGAUCUCCAAGGUAAAAACGGUUCGUUUCACCUUGGAGAAAUGUCUAACACUGAUGGUCAGGAAAAUGCUCCCAACAAGAUGAGUUAUAUUUCAGAUGAAGAAAGAACACAGACAGAUAAAACACUGAAAGACAAAACACCAGAAAAUGUGAAUGCUGAAUAUAAUGAUUCUGCUACAAAUAGCCCAGAUAAUGCUGAAAGUAAUGUCUUGAGCGGAAACGACAGCAGUGAUGAAGAAUUGGAGCAGGAUGAUUCGAGUGAAUCGGAAGAGUUUUCCGAUUUUGACUCCGAGUAUGAAGAUAUGUUUAACAUUGUAAUACCGAAUCACCCCCCACCCUUGCCGUAUCCACACAAUCCUUUUGUAGAUGGGGAGUGCAACAUAUGCCUUGUGAGUAAAAAAUUGCGUAAGCGCAUGUGUUGCUCUUUUCCCGUCUGCGAGGACUGCAUGGAGAUGUACCUCAGCACGCAGGUCAGUCAGGCGAUUGUGAAAAUCGAGUGCCUAAAUACAGAGUGCAAUAACUACGUUCAUCGGGACGAAAUAUUGGCCAGGCUGCCACUUGAUCUGAAAGAAAAGUUUUAUAAGUUUCUCAUCGACGCCAAUAAGGAUCCAAAGAUCAAGACGUGUCCCCGGUGCAGUCAUGUGACACGACUAGAGGAUUGCCUGCUUAAAAUGAACGGCAACAUUUCGAGUAAAAAACAGAAACAGUACAAGAAGUAUCUAAAACGAGUGAAAAAGAAGAGUUUGGAAGUGAAAUGCGAUAAGUGCGAGCUGGAAUGGUGUUUUACGUGUCAGGCGCCACUUCAUAAAGGUGUCAACUGCAAAACCUUCAAGAAGGGAGACCAGCUGGUCAAAAUGUGGGCGUCGGAGUUCCACUAUGGGCAGCAGAACGCACAGAGAUGUCCCAAGUGCAAGAUAUUUAUUCAGAGGACGACCGGUUGUGAUCACAUGACUUGUGUCAGUUGUAGGACGUCAUUCUGCUACCGCUGUGGGAACCGGUACUGGAGCGUCAAGUUGCUAGGCGACCACUUCAGUCGAUUCAGUCCGUUCGGCUGUCGGUACAACUUCAUGCCUGACCGACCUGGCACCAGACGACUUGUGAGAGGAGCAGUGUUCAGUGGGAAGAUUCUAGGUGGAAUCGUGCUGGGCGGCGUGGCUAUAGCUGCCGGGGCGGGUCUCCUUGGGGUCAGUGUAGUCGCCCUGCCCAUCAUUGGUGGAUAUUAUCUGCGUAAGAAGUACCUGAAGAAUAAACGGCUACGCACCACAAUACUAAAUGAAAACACAGAUCAAAAUGUAAAAGGACUUAAGUUUACGAACCUACGUGUAUCUGCAUGUCGUGAUUUGUAUGAGCCUGCGCGGUCGUCCCUGGAGCCUGCAGUGGUUGAAGACAGUGGCUCGUACAAUGCUGACUUCCCUGAAUGGCUCGUAGUUGGAGUCCAGCUCCCGAACUCCCGACAGGUCGAGGUCCUCGUUCACAGGUCCGUGAGUUCAGGGGAAGCUGAGCAAGCCCAUGUAUACAAGACAGAAAUCACUCACCCCGAAGAUGGUUCCGUCCAAGAUGGCGGGAUCGUUACGGUAACCGAGGUCGAAGAGGUCAUGAACGAGGACGGAUCGACGAGAGUUAUAGCCCACAUCGUGACGAAACCCGCGAACUCAGACCCGUCGAAAAAAGACCAGGAUGGUCCAGAAGAUCAAGGUCACGCGCGAAAGGAUUCGAGAAUCUCCAUCGACGGGAAAGGUUUGAAGGUGGAGUCGGACGGAAAGGUCGGGAUUGCAGGGUUCACGGAAGACGAGGAUGACGUAGUCGCGAUCGGCGUCGAUCGAGAGAUGAUGGAGGAUGUCGGUGACGAAGCUGGGACUAACGAAACGAACGGCUGCUUCGUGAACAUCUUCGCCAAGAGACUGAACUCGUUCCACAGCGCCGCCUCCACAGAUGCGCAGGACGUCAAACCACCCAAGACAUUGCUCAAGAGUAAAUCGGGAACGUGGGAGAAGAGCAAGAAGAAGGAAGCUGCUCACUACACCAACUCUCUCGACAUCCGCAGUCUGUCGGCCAUUAUGGCCGCCCACUGCACGGACCGGGACGUCAAGGGACAGAGGAUGAAGAAUUCUGGGAUGUUCGACCAUCUGGAAGCCAACGUCCAUGCGGAUGAGUCUGGGGAAAGCUGUUUAUACGAUGAUGAAGCAGAUUGGUCCACCACAGAUCCUGAACUGUCUUGUGAUAUCGUUACGUAUUUGUAAAAAAAAAUUACAAGUGUUUGAUAAUUCACCCAGAUAGCAUGCUGCUGGUGGGAAGGGUUUAAUCUAUUGGUUGCGAAAUCACCAAAUACCAAUUCAGGCUUUCUGCCAGAAAAUAAUUUGAAGGUACGUAAUAAAAACAAAAUAGACCAUGAGUGCCUCUACUUGGUGGUUAUGGGUUUGAAAUCUUUCGAAAUUCAACACUACAUUUCAUGUACUUGGACAAAUUGUAAACAGCAAUUCUUUUGUUCUCUUACUAUAAUCUUUCUCAGUCCUUGGUUUUUGAAAAUUAUAGGCAAGUGGAAAAUCGCACACCUCAAUAUGCUAAGGCGAGUGAAAAAUCACUCCAAAAUAAAUAAAAUAAGCAGUGUAGCUCCGAUUGGAUUUUGACUCGUACAUCUACAAAAUUGUCUAUUAAACCAGUAUUUCCCGAUUUGUUCAACAAAGAGAAAUACCAGUUUAACGACUGCACUGAAACCACUGCCAUGUUUUUAUGAGCUAUGAAAACUGUUCAUUUUUGUAAACGGUGGAAAUAAAUAUACACAUCUAUUUUACGUGUGCUGUUUGUUGAGUAAUGUGCGCUGUUUUCCACACUUGUUAGUUUGGAAUUACGUGCGCUGUACGAGCGCGAUCGCACCCGCGCACCUUAUAAAGCAAGGUCUGCUUUCAAAAAAAAAAAAAAAAAUAUGUUUUCUUUAACUUCCUAGAUUUUAGGGUAUGUAAUUUUACCUUCUGGCAUAACCCCUGGAAUUUUAGUUGAAUUUGGUGAAUAUACUUCAUUAUCACCAAACAAACUACCAUAAUUUUUUUUUUUUUAUCUAUUUGGUAGAUCAAUCACCAUUCUCAAUAUUUGGUCAAAUGAAACUUGAAUCUGUCUGCAGCUUUUAUCAGACACUUUCAACAAAUUGCUAGGAAAUACUUCGGUCCAACGUAAAACCCUGGGUGAGCCACUGCUACCCUGAGAUGGUAUAGUUUAGCAAGUCGAGUUGUGGUAAAAAUGUUUAAAAAAAAUUGAGUUACACAUUUUGUUGGACUUAUUUGCUGGUUAGCAUUGGUGAUGGCUACCAGUAGUAUGGUAGAAUGUAGCUCGAGUCACCUCCAGCCCUACCCUUAUUAGCUGGAGAUGACUCGAACUGUAUGGUAUGUUGCUCAUUUACCAGUGUUAGCAUGACACGGAAGUGAUGGCUACCAGUAGUAUGGUAGUAUGCAGCUCGAGUCACCUCCAGCCCUACCCGUUAUUGGCUGGAGAUGACUCGAGCUGUAUGGUAUGUUGUUCAUUUACCAGUGUUAACAUGACAUGGAAGUGAUGGUUAUCAGUAGUAUGGUAGUAUGCAGCUCGAGUCACCUCCAGCCCUACCCUUAUUGGCUGGAGAUGACUCGAGCCGUAUGGUACAUGGUACAUUGUAUGUUGCUCAUUUACCAGUGUUAGCAUGACACGGAAGUGAUGGCUACCAGUAGUAUGGUAGUAUGCAGCUCGAGUCACCUCCAGCCCUACCCCUUAUUGGCUGGAGAUGACUCGAGCUGCAUGGUAUGUUGCUCAUUUACCAGUGUUAGCAUGACACGGAAGUGAUGGCUACCAGUAGUAUGGUAGUAUGCAGGUCGAGUCACCUCCAGUCCUACCCCUUAUUGGCUGGAGAUGACUCGAGCUGCAUGGUAUGUUGCUCAUUUACCAGUGUUAGCAUGACACGGAAGUGAUGGCUACCAGUAGUAUGGUAGUAUGCAGCUCGAGUCACCUCCAGCCCUACCCCUUAUUGGCUGGAGAUGACUCGAACUGUAUGGUAUGUUGCUCAUUUACCAGUGUUAACAUGACAUGGAAGUGAUGGUUAUUAAUAGUAUGGUAGUAUGUAGCUCGAGUCACCUCCAGCCCUACUCGUUAUUGGCUGGAGAUGACUCGAGCUGCAUGGUAUGUUGCUCAUUUACCAACAGGGCUAGCUGGCAAAUUUUAUUUUCAUUUAGCGAAAACAUUUCAAGUAUUAAUUAAUAUUUUGGUACCAAAUAACUGGGUAUCUAUAAAAUUUGGAAGUUUAAUAUAUAAUUUAGCGAAAUGUUCUGCUGAUCCAGAGCUAGUCCUGACCAGUGUUGGCUUGACACUGACGUGCAUUCCAACUGUGACCGUUCUGACCAUGGUCAACAUUAGGCCAGCAUACUCGUGCUAUCUGUAUAGGUGUCAUGUCGACUUAAAACUUAAGACUUUGAAGCUAUUGAAUGUACAAGCUGGAUUAUGAGACUGAUGAAUUUUUAUUCAUAUACAUAUACAUGUACAUGUAGUUGUUUGUCAUAUUGACUUAUUAAAAUGCUCAACUGCUGUAAUAACAUUUGAUUGUUGGACUCGUGGGGAUCAUUAACCCAGUGGACUAAGUGAAUAAUUAUCACAAUGUAGACUGAUGGGCUUUACAUGUAGAUUGAUGUGCUUUACAUGUAGACUGAUGGACUUUACAUGUAGACUGAUGGGCUUUACAUGUAGACUGAUGGGCUUUACAUGUAGACUUAUGGGCUUUGCGUGUAGACUGAUGGGCUUUACAUGCAGACUGAUGACCUUUACAUGCAGACUGAUGACCAUUACAUGUAGAUUGAUGGGCUUUACAUGUAGACUGAUGGACUUUACAUGUAGACUGGUAAACUUACCACAUAAUUAAUAUGUACUUUCCAUUCUGUGAAUGUUUACAAAAACUACAUGUAUUAUAGAUGUACCUGUAUCUUAAAAUUGCUCCCAUUUACCUAAGUCUAAUGUAAUUGUAUAUAUAUAUAGCUUGAGUGUUUGUGUUUUAUUUGAUCAAAGAUGUUAAUUUUAACUUUGUGGCAAUAGGUAUUAAAUACAUGACAUUGUACUAUAUGUGUAUGUAAAUGUGUAAUACUCUUAAAUUACAUGCAUAUUCAUUAUUGACCUGUCCCAAAUUGGGAUUAUAUGAAAUCUUAGUGAUGGACUGAGUGGGAGGGGCAGGAGUAAAGUGUACAGUGCACAUCACAACAGUAAAAUCCACUGGCAACCAAUGGUUGGUUUCUUAAAGUGAUUAUACUGACUGAACCAGCAGUCCCUAGGGUUCAUUGUUGUUAGUUCAUCCAACCACAUUAAGUGGGGCCAUUGGGCUAUUUCUCGUUCCAGCCAGUGCACCACAACUGGUAUAUCAAAGGCUGUGGUAUGUGCUAUCCUGUCUGUGGGAUGGUGCAUAUAAAAGAUCCCAUGCUGCUAAUC